UUUCACUCGGGGCGAGCCUUGCAGGCCGCGGUUACGGAUAUAAGCAUGUUCCCGCUGGAGGUUACUCUGUUUGCAGCAGUCUUUCUCGUUGCUACAUUUACCCUGUGGGCCACUAGGAGACGCCACAAACAGGGUCGGCUGAGAAGAUACGGAAUUCCCGGACCUGAACCAAGCCUACUUUUUGGAAACUAUAUUGAAUUCAAGAAGGACCGUAUCAAGAUCAUGGAGCAGUGGGCCCAAAAGUAUGGCAAAGUGUACGGUUUCUACGAAGGCGAGGUUGCCAAAGUUGUCAUUGGCGACGUCAUCACUGCCAAGGAAAUAUUCGUUAAGCGAGCGCAUACAUUCAGCGACCGGCCCCCGAUGGUAACCGACAUCGAGUGUAUACUGAACAGCCUCAUAGGACUAAAAGGUGACGAAUGGAAGACAGUCCGAAACCUACUAAAUCCCAGUUUCACGUCAGUUAAGAUGAAGCUGAUGCUAGACAUCAUCCACCUUUGUUCAGACACUUUGGUGGAAAUUAUUGGCGAUCAAGCUUCGGUGGAUGGACAAGCUGAUGUAAAUCUCUCCAAGCUGUGCCAAGGUAUCUCUAUGGACGUCAUCACCAAGUGCUCUCUAGGAUGGCAGGUGCGAAGCCUAAAUAAUUUCAACCGAGACGAAAAGUUGCCAGACUGGUUUGCAAGUCCAGGUUCACCAGACCGGACCAGGGAGAAAAGGUACAUAAGAACGUCACGAGGACUGAUGAACGACUCCCAGGAAUCUACCAUCCACGAAUCAAGGUCGGACUGCCAGAAAAAUCCGGAUGAUCCCGUCAUCACAACGAUCAAGAAGAUACUGUGGAAUUCGGGGAACCUGAUCAAUGACGUCUGCAUUCUGGUGCCGUCACUCGGAACUAUUAUGUCCUACAUAUUUCCGCUACUCAGCUACGGGAGGCUCUUCACGCGCAUGCACGAGAAUCUGCACCAAGUCCUCCAGGCGCGCAAGAGCGGAAAGUCUGCCAUAGCGGAUAUUGUUCAGCUAAUGGUUGAGGCUCAGAAGAACGCCUCUAGUACGAACAGGGUUCAAAAUGGAACGCUUACAUCAGCAUCCGGCGUUCUCAGCUUAAAGACCAGCUUCAUCAAGGAUACACACAUUGUGUCCAACUGCUUCGUCUUUCUCGUUGCUGGUUACGAGACAACGGCCAGCACAUUAGCAUUUGCGCUGUACGAGUUGGCCAGACACCCUGAAGAACAGCGUCGGCUUCACGACGAGCUCAUGUCCGCCUUCCCCGAUAAAGACGUCCUUAGCUACGAAGAUCUGCAGGCACUGAAGCGACUCGACGCGGUCAUCAGAGAAUGCUUGCGUCUUUACCCACCUUUGGUGCUGGUAACGUCACGCGUGUGCCCUGAGGACACUCCGCUGGCAAGUGGUCACAUCAUCCCAAAAGGUUCGCACGUCAUCUUGCCGACAUGGAAUGUUCUGCACGAUCCCGAUCUGUGGGCUGACCCUUACCACUUCAUUCCUGACAGGUUCAGCGAGCGACUCGCAGGGGAGCGCCUCGCUGCGUCCGGCGUGGCGUUCGGCUUUGGGCCGCGUGAAUGCAUCGGAAAGCGUCUCGCUCUGCUUGAACUCAAGGCUGUAUUGUCGAAGCUCGUGAGAAAGUACAAAUUUAGCGUCUGUGGCCAAACACAAAUUACUAUGAAAGUGAAGGUUCCUCUCAUCAACGUGUUUCCGGAGCGCGAUAUUGUGCUGCGCGUUCAGGCACGCUGUCCACAGAAAGUGUAGGAACAGAGUAUUCGAUCGGCGUGUUGCGUCGUAGUGAGACGUAACAACAUUUUACAAAACAAGCACUCGGACGCCUUCUUCAUUAUGAAAAUCAUUUCGGCGGGAGGCUAUUGGCACCUUCAGGUAAUAUCGCACACCGAAACUUGCUGCUUCACAAUCCCACCAACUUUCAUAAACUCAUGGUCACUUCCGCAAAUCUGUACAUCGCAUCGCCCGGCAGCACAUAAGAAAACGCAUCAGAUCUAGGAAAUAUCUCAGACUUGUGCGAUUCACUUUAAUGACUCGCUUAGAUACGUACAGGAAGUUAAACACGUACAAUCAGGCCUACCGAUGCCAGCUAUUCAGGCUUAAGACGUAAUUAGCUCCCGACCACGUAACUGAAUCCCAUGUCCUAAAGAUAUAUUGUGGGUAAAAAAUAAACAGACACCACACCACACAAAUCACUCAGAACCACGAGGCACCGUCAAUUCCUUUCAUUAGUCUCAUUCAGGAGCUUCACGAUCACCCUACAUAUUUAACAUCAUCCAUUCCUGUGACAUUGGCCUAGAAAAUGUGCCUGUUUCAGAAUGUAUCGUAAAAGAAAGAGGGAGUGGUGCAAUUGAGUCUCGAGAAUUCAUUUCUACACUUAGUUCCAGCACUGAUGUAACGGUGGUGGAGCUGCGUGGAUCGCAAAGGCAGAUGCGCAUCAGAUGCGUUACGUAACUAAAAACAACGUUAAGUAGAACGCUGUCGGCAGUCUUCUUUACCUUGCGUAUAACCAAGGGUAGGACGAAAGAGUGUUUAAGCUCUUGAACCAGUCGUAUCUAGUCGGUGCCACAGCGAACAUAAAAAAAGUACACACUACUCUUUGACCCCUCAACGUCAUUAUUUCUUUAUCACCGGAUCACAAGCGUAAUAAGUUAACGCAGCACGAUAGUUUUUUUGCAUGCCCUAUUUCAAGCCAUCAGCUGAAAGGCAAGGCGAUGAAAUUCUGCAUCCUUGUCCACCUCGCAAGCCGAGAAUCCGUGCUGCAUCUUCAGCUCUAUCAGAUAUGGAAAUGGAAAUCUUUGAGUGUAUAGCCCUUCAAUAAAGCUUUCACAACGAAAAAAAUGGAUGCAGAUACCAUGCACUCUUGCAAAGGAUGUUGUGUGAAGCCUUUUGAGUAUAGCUGUUUAUCCAGUACUGUUUGAGAUUCUGCAUAAACUUACAUUCAACGUCAUUGCUAGCAGCACUCCCCAAUAAAAAUUUCUGUUUGCGAACUUUCAAUACUUUGAGAAUAACAACAGACACAGUAAUUGUGGAACAGACCAACCAGGAUUCCUGGAAAACAGCUUCGGUAAUCAGAGCGGUACCUGUGAGAAGGCGCUGUCAUGCGCGAAGCAGAACACCCGAACCCCUAACUGGAAGUUAUUCCAUGACAUCAUUUAUACGUGCUUACCUGCACAACACUGAUGUCAUCUUGCGAUUUCUUGUGUUCGAAAUUUCCGUCAGAGAUUGAAUUUUUUUUUAUUUUGCGUAUACUAAAAUCUGCAAUUGAACUGUUUUAUAUUAGAGUCAAAGAACGCACUAGAGACGCCACUAACGAAGUUAGGGCAACACCAGGUGAUUUUGCGCACUUAGCUAAAACAGCACAAGAAUAUUCUCUUCGCAAGUACCUUUAGUGAUUUUGGCUGUAAGUUAGCGGAAACAUUACCUACGAAUACCACAUAGGUAUGGGCUAAUUGCGAUAGCGAUUCUAUAGCAAUCAGAGCAGAAUAAGCACUAAGAAUUAGAACUCUGAAAGUGACGAACAAAUAGCGUUAUCUUAUCAAUUUUGUUUGUUUGAGUUGCGCACACAUAUAGAGAGAGAUAGAAUGGCUGAAAAUGUGAAAAAGAAGCUAUGAAUUAAACCAAAACAAUCCGAAACAAAGGGUGCUAUAACGUGAAGCUGUUACAAACUUUUCUAUAAGAAUUCUACUGUCAGCCCUCCAUGACUAACCACACAUUUUGGAGCCACACCCCACAGCACCAGUUUAUCACCCGAUGUAAUGAAAACCGCGAAUUGGAUAAGCCGCGAAUUGGAUAUGAUGUUUGCGCAGUCAUUAUGCGCGAUUAGACAGAACAAAAAAUAAUAAUUUCUGAUCAGACGCCUUUUUCGCUAUUAGCGAAACUGGCAUCGUUUCACGGAUGGGAAACCGUCAAACAUUUCCGGGCUGCGCCCACUUUGCCAUUCUGCACCGAGACGAAUUAAAGAAAAGUGACAUCCUAUAAACGAGAAGUGCAGUUUUAUUGGGCUUUUCAAACAACGCUGCGGCUUACCGCCCGAUGCUUGCGUCGAUGGUUACGUAAAUUUAGCAUCAGGAGUUUGGAAUAAAAACAGAUUGUAAUAGUGAAUUGGACAAAUUCAACCUAAGGUGUAGAAGAGGGA